ACUGUAAAACACACCGGCGUCGUCUUCGUGUAGUAGGGUUUAUGCCUUAGACCCAGAGCGUGGCAUCACUCUCAUCACAUUCACUGACAUCGUUACGCUCUAACCGGUUAUUCAACUCCGCAUCCAAUUCGAUGCGAUGCUGAGAAAGAAAACUCACCACUAGCUUCGUCAACAACCACCAACAAUGAGGUAUUAUUCCCAAUUCAAACACUUAUCCCAUUUCCUCAAAACCCUAACCCAACCCCAAAACCCUACCUUUGUUUCCCCGCGGAUCUCACAGAACCCUCGACCUCUUCCGUUCCACGCGCGCGAGUGCAGCAGCAGCAGCGCGUCGCAGUCACAGGGUUCGGAGAAGGUGGCGGCGAUCGUGGACGAGUUGAUGGGGCUGACGCUGCUGGAAGUGAUGGAUCUGGUGGAGGUGAUGCGCGAGAAGUGCGGCGUCAACGAGCUUUCGAUCGCGAUGCUCAUGGUGCCCGGAAUGGGCGUGCCGAGGGGUGUUCCGAAUGGUGGCGGCGGAGGCGCUGCCGGGGUAGCGGAGGUGAAGGCAGUGGAGAAGACGGCGUUCGAUGUGAAGCUCGAGGGUUUCGAUGCGGCGGCGAAGAUCAAGGUGAUCAAGGAGGUGAGGACGUUUACGAGCUUGGGGUUGAAGGAGGCCAAGGAUUUGGUGGAGAAGGUCCCUGCGGUGUUGAAGAAAGGGGUCACAAAAGAAGAGGCUGAGAGUAUCAUUGCCAAGAUGAAGGAGGUUGGCGCUAAGGUUUCCAUGGAGUAAUAAGGAAAAGACAGGAUGACAAACAAAACAUGGCGUAGAGUUUUUUCUUCUUUGAUCAAGUGUAGCAGCUUAUUCCUCACACUCAAGUUAUCUGCAGGUGAUGGAAGUCAAGGAAUGCCUUGUCAUAAUGCAAAGUUGUUAUCCUUUCUUGUAUUUGAAAACUUUGCUGAGCACACUUGCUCCUACCUCACUUCAUUUUUUAUUGUUAUUUCUCCCUUACAUAAGGAUCUUUUUGCCUUGGAAUUUUCUUGAUCAUUUCUUAACCAAUGUUGUAGAAUUGGUUUUUAACAGUGGAAUCAUUUUUGAACUAACAUACAUACACAUGCUACUAGCUGGUAAAGUUAUAGAUCCAAUUGGUUGUCCACUUAACCACUAUGACCACACAUUCAUGUGCCAUGGACAACUAGAAUUGAAGUUACGCCCUAAAUACAGUCUCCUCACUUUACCUUCUCUUGGAUGUGUAUAGUUUGUGGUAUUGACUUUA